GUUCCCUCCUCUCUCUCCAGUCCCGGAAGUGGCAGGGGAGGAAGAAAACAGCCUCUUCGUCCUCUUCUCUCCUCUCUCUCUCGCCUGAAACCCUAGAAAUCCGCAGGUUCUGAGAAGACAAAUGGAGAGAUCAAACAGCGCUGAAGCUGGAGAAUCUCAAUCAUUGCCACCACCACCAAAUGAUACUAAGCCUGAUCGGCCCAGUCAUCGAGAUUAUGCUAUCACCACGAGGCGUGGGAUUGGAAGCAAUGGGAACCGGAUAUCUUUGCUUGCCAAUCAUUUCAAUGUUUCCGUCAAAUCCCAGGAUAUAGUGUUUUACCAGUACACUGUUAAUAUCACCACCGAGGAUGGCAAAUCUUUUGAAGGAAAAGGAGUAAGCAGGAAACUCAUCGACAAGCUUUACCAGACUUAUUCGUCUGAACUUGCUAGUAAAGAGUUGGCCUAUGAUGGAGAGAAAACUUUAUACACUGUCGGUCCUCUCCCACGAAAUGAUUUUGACUUUAUCAUCGUAAUGGAGGAUACAUAUGCAAAGAGUGAACGUCAAAUCCUUGAUGUUGAUGGACCUGCUGAUACUGGGAAGAGAUCGAAGCAUUCGCUACUGCCAAGGAAUUACAGGGUGCAGAUACAUUUUGCUACCAAAAUACCAUUGAAGACUGUGUUUUGUACUCUAAAAGGGGCAGAUGGUAUGGAUAAAAGCACUCAGGAUGCACUUAGAGUCCUUGAUAUCGUACUGAGGCAACACGCAGCUAAGAGGGGUUGUCUUCUUGUUAGGCAGUCUUUUUUCAGUGAUACUAGGCACUCUGUCGAUGUUGGUGGAGGUGUAACGGGUAUUCGAGGCUUUCACUCCAGCUUUCGUCCAACACAUGGUGGACUUUCUCUGAACAUUGACUCAUCAACAACUAUGAUCUUAAAGCCUGGACCUGUGAUUGAUUUUCUACUGGCUAACCAGAAUGUAAAGGAAGCACGACAAAUUGACUGGAUUAAGGCUAGGAAUAUGCUUAGGCAUAUUAGGGUAAAGGCAAUACACCGUAACAUGGAAUUCAAAAUUAUAGGGCUCAGCGAGAAGCCUUGCAAUCAGCAAUCGUUUUCAAUGAAAGUAAAAGGUGGUGGCAGUGAGGAACGGACGCUAGAGAUUACUGUAUAUGACUAUUUCAAACAAGGUGGCAUAGAGCUUACCUAUUCUGCCUACAUGCCAUGUCUUGAUGUUGGCAAGCCAAAACGCCCCAAUUAUCUACCGCUGGAGCUAUGUGAACUGGUCUCUCUUCAGCGUUACACAAAAGCAUUGUCUGGCAUGCAACGAGCAUCACUUGUUGAAAAAUCAAGGCAAAAGCCUCCAGAAAGAAUUAGAACUAUCAAUGAUGCAUUGGAUACCUGCCACUAUGAUGAUGACCCAUUUUUGGCUGCAUGUGGUAUUUCUAUAGAGAAACGAAUGACUCAAGUUGAGGGCCGCACCCUCAGUCCCCCUAUGUUGAAAUUUGGCAAGAAUGACGAUUUUUUACCUCGCAAUGGACGUUGGAACUUUAACAAUAAGGUGCUUCUACAACCAAGCCCAAUUUACAAAUGGCUUGUUGUAAACUUUUCUGCUCGAUGCGACACUAGUCACAUUUCCCGGGAGCUCAUAAACUGUGGCAGGAGGAAGGGCGUUGACAUUGAUCGGCCAUUUGCACUAUUCGAAGAAGAUCCGCAGUCCAGAAGAAUGACUCCUGUCAAAAGAGUAGAAAAGAUGUUUGAGCAGAUGAAAGCAAAACUCCCAGAUACUCCUUAUUUCAUCCUCUGUGUCCUGCCAGAACGAAAGAACUGCGAUAUCUAUGGUCCCUGGAAGAAGAAAUGUCUCGUUGACUUUGGGAUCAACACGCAAUGCAUCUGUCCAACCAAAGUCAAUGACCAAUAUCUCACCAAUGUGCUUCUCAAGAUCAACUCAAAGCUUGGAGGCAUCAAUUCACUCUUGAGAGUAGAGCACUCUUCCAACAUACCUUUGAUAAACGAUAUUCCCACUAUGAUCUUGGGAAUGGAUGUAUCACAUGGAUCUCCAGGCCGUGCUGAUACUCCUUCUAUAGCAGCGGUUGUUGGUUCCAAAAGCUGGCCCUUAAUCUCAAGGUACAGGGCAGCUGUGAGAUCGCAGUCUCCUAAACUGGAGAUGAUUGAUUCCCUCUUCAAGCCCAUUGAGGAUCGUGAUGAGGGUAUUAUGAAUGAAUUGUUUAGAGAGUUCUACAUGACCAGCAAGGGGCGAAAGCCAAAACAAAUCAUCAUUUUCAGGGACGGAGUAAGUGAAUCGCAAUUUAACCAAGUCCUAAAUAUUGAGGUGGACCAGGUCAUAAAGGCAUACCAACAUUUUGGUGAAACCGAUGUUCCAAAAUUUACUGUUAUCGUGGCUCAGAAGAACCACCACACCAAGCUGUUUCUAUCUAACGGUGCUGACAAUGUCCCCGCAGGAACCGUUGUGGACACCAAGGUUGUGCACCCAAGACACUAUGACUUUUACAUGUGUGCUCAUGCUGGGAUCAUAGGAACCUCAAGGCCAGCUCAUUAUCAUGUUUUGCUCGACGAGAUUGGUUUCUCCCCCGAUGACCUUCAGUCUCUUAUCCAUUCCCUCUCUUAUGUGUACCAAAGGAGCACAAGCGCCAUCUCCAUCGUGGCGCCGGUGCGUUACGCUCAUCUUGCAGCAGCUCAGGUAGCACAAUUCAUCAAGUUUGAGGAUUUAUCGGAGGCGGGGAGCGAUAGCGGCAGAGUUCAGGACCUUCCAUCUUUGCACAAGCAUGUGGAAAGUUCCAUGUUCUUCUGCUGAGUAAACUCGCCUACAGAAAACCCUUGACGUUUGGUCUUCGUGUCAAUGUACUGCCGGUGGACAUCACACACAUGAUCACACCUCAAGUGGCCACGUGGCCAAUCUAAACGAGCUCGGACCACGUAUCUUCCCUCAAGCUGCGGAGCAGGAGAUUUCUUGCGCCAGAAUCAAUGCGCUUUGACUAUUUUGCCCCUCUCUAGAAUUUUCUUGCAGCGUGCGAGACUUCGCUUGGUUCCAAACUUAUUUCAGUACCAUUUAUUUCUUAAAUUUGAUAUCUCACAGCGAAAGUUUUAGUUUAAACAAUCAUAGUGUGCUUGCAUAAAU